AUGGCCGCGGCCGCCCAGACGGUGCUAAUCUCUGGCUGCUCCUCGGGAAUAGGCCUGGAGCUCGCAGUGAGGCUGGCCCGGGACCCCCAAAAGCGCUAUCUAGUUGUGGCCACCAUGAGGGACCUGGGGAAGAAAAAAACUCUGGAGGAAGCUGCCGGGGAUGCACUGGGAGAGACACUGACCAUUUCCCAGAUGGAUGUGUGCAGUGAUGAAUCAGUCACCCAGUGUCUAGGCUCCAUCCAAGGAGGGGAAGUGGAUGUGCUGGUGAAUAAUGCUGGAGUGGGCCUGGUGGGGCCCCUGGAGGGGCUCAGCCUCCAGACCAUGCAGGAUAUCUUCAACACCAAUGUCUUUGGGGCUGUGCGCCUGGUGAAAGCCGUCCUCCCCAGCAUGAAGAGGAGACGAAGGGGCCACAUUGUGGUGGUCAGCAGUGUCAUGGGGCUGCAGGGGGUCAUGUUUAAUGAAGUCUACUCAGCCUCCAAGUUCGCGCUGGAGGGCUUCUUCGAGAGCCUGGCUAUUCAGCUGCUCCAGUUCAACAUCCACAUCUCCCUGGUCGAGCCAGGCCCAGUGGUCACCGAGUUUGAGAAGAAGAUUCUGGAACAAGUGGCCAGCACCGAGUUCCUGGGCACUGAUCCCGAGACCCUGCAUUUCUUCCGGGACUGUUACCUGCCUGCAUCCAGACAGCUCUUCACCUCGGUGGGCCAGAGUCCAGGCCAGGUGGCCCAGGCCAUAGUGAAGGUCAUCGGUGCUGCCAGGCCUCCCCUGCGCUGCCAGACCAACAUGCGCUAUAGGCUGAUGUCGGCACUCAAGGCCCUGGAUGCCUCCGGAAGCCUAUACGUGCACACGGCCCACUGCCUGCUCUUCCGCUGGCCACGCCUGCUCAGCCUGGGCCUGAGGUGCUUAGCCUGCAGCUGCCUGGGCUCCCGGGUGCAGCCUGGGUGAACA